AUGGCGCGGCCCAAGAACCCCAUGAUCACGCUGAACGACGGGCAUCAGCUGCUGGGGACCUCGGAAGACGACGCUCUGCCUCCGCAGCCGUCCCCUGCCACCGCCGCUGCACCGGCUUCACCCCCUCACGCUGCCAUCACCACCACCGGGGCUCGGGCAGCCUACGACCUUCUCACUGAAUCCCCACCCCCAUCUCCGGCUGGCAAUCGCCCGCGUUCCCACAGCGGGCCGCAAGUGCGCAAUGCCAGUGAAUCCCCGCCUCGCCGCCAAUCGGACUCGGCCCGCGCCUCGCUCCGCCGGCAACGCUCCAGCGCCUCGGAGAGCGACGUUCGCCUCCGCUCCUACUCCUUUGACCGCUCUGGCAGCGUUCCGCGCUUCUUGAGCGAUGUGACCUGCUACGACAUCAUGCCUCCCAGCGUCAAAAUGGUUGUCUUUGACAUUGACCUCAAGGUCAAAAAGGCAUUUUUCGCCUUGGUCCAAAACGGCAUUCGCAGCGCCCCACUAUGGGAUAGUCGCCGACAGCAGUUUGUGGGCAUGAUUACCGUCACGGACUUUAUCAAGAUUCUCCGCCGAUACUACGUGUCCCCGCAAACACAAAUGAUCGAACUGGAGGAGCAUCGCAUUCGCAGCUGGCGUGAAAUGUCACGACGCCACCGACCCGACGUCCUUGUCUGCGUUGACCCCAUGAUCAGCUUGCACACCGCUACAAGACUACUCCUGGAGGAGAAAAUUCAUCGCCUGCCCGUCAUCGACUCCCUCACAGGCAAUGCGCUAUCUGUCCUGACCCACAAGCGCAUCCUGCACUUUAUCCAUGCCAAUAUGCACAAUGAGCAUCGACCAUCCAUGCUGUCCAUCAAGCUAGGUGAUUUGAUGAUUGGCACCUACAAAAACAUUGCCACGCUCAAGCCCGAUGACCCGAUUAUCCGAGCGCUGGAGCUUUUCGUCGAGAAGCGCGUGUCGGCUCUUCCCGUUCUCAAUGCGGAGGGCCAAGUUACGGACAUUUAUGCCAAACACGACGUCAUCAACUUGGCCCGUGAAGGCACAUACGACAACCUCGACAUUAGCGUCAGCUCAGGCCUGCAACACCGACAGCAGGGCUUUGAGGGGGUCAAGACAUGCAAGCUGUCACAUAGUAUGGGCCAGAUUAUUGAUCGCAUCGUCAAUGCCAACGUCCACCGCCUCGUCGUGGGAUUUGUGCCUCUGCUGCUCAAGCACGUGAACUCAAACAUUGCUGCCGAAUUGACGGCCCAAUGCACCUGGGCUCUAGCCAACAUCGCGGGUGAUUGCGCUGAGUUUGCUCAAAAGAUGUUUGAACUUGGUGCCAUUGAUUGUGUCAUGGCCCUUCCCACCGAAGUACGCAAUGACCAGACCGUCCUUCCUACUUGCUUGUGGCUGCUCAACAACAUUCUCAUUCGCAAGCCCCCGCUUGAUGUCAGCAUGGUGUCAACGCUCAUUGACUUCUACGUGUCCCAUCUGGGACAGACCAAUCCGGACAACCUGCGUGACGCUUGUGCUGGCUUGUCGUACGUGACGGACGGCCCCAACGAACGGCUCGAGUUGAUGCUACAUGCCAACUGCACAGAUGUAUUGGCCGAGCUGCUCUCAAGCGAGGAUGCAAACACGGCCCGAUAUGCACUUCGCUGUUUUGGUAACCUCAUCUCUGGGCCCACCCACAUCACUCAGGUAGCCAUCAAUCUGGGUGUGCUCCGCCAUUUGGCGCGGCUUAUGGACCACUCGGCCGAUCACAUGCGUAAAGAGGUCGCGUGGAUCACCUCCAACAUCAUGGCGGGUUCCUUUGAGCAAAUUCAGGCCGCCCUGGAUUAUCAGUUGAUGGACAAGCUCAUCGAGAUGAUGAAGGAGGAGUCCAAUCCAGCCGUGUUGAAGGAGUGCGUUUUUGCCCUCAGCAACGCACUGUGUUGCCAGGCGCCGCGUCAACUAGAGGCGGCUGUCCAGCUGGGAUUGUUAUCGGCCUUGAGCCAACACGCGGCUUGUCACCCAGACGCCAAUCAAGCUGCACAGGAGGGUGUGGUCGCGGCAUACAAAACACUGCUACAACACAAGUCACGCUUCCUGGCCCGCUUCGUUGCCGAUCUUCGUGAAGCUCAAUUAGACGCGUACCUACCCGAGGACGCCACGCAGAAACCUGGCGUUGCGUUGCGGACGCUCUCGGACUAA